CUCCUCUCACCACUUGGUCGCUGUCCCCUUGACGUCAUGGUCCGGAUGGCGGGGCGGGGCGAAUGCUACCGCCAGGGGCGGGGUGGCGUGGGCCGGCUGGCCGGGUUGUGCACCUGCGCCUCGGCGGGCCGCCUGGGGCACCGUCCCCCGGCCCCGCCAUGGCCAGGCCGCAGAGGACUCCAGCGCGCAGUCCCGACAGCAUCGUCGAGGUGAAGAGCAAAUUUGAUGCCGAGUUCAGACGCUUUGCAUUGCCUCGGGCUUCGGUGAACGGCUUCCAAGAGUUCUCCCGGUUGCUGCGCGUGGUGCACCAGAUCCCAGGUCUGGAUGUGCUGCUUGGCUAUACGGAUGCUCAUGGCGACCUACUGCCCCUCACUAACGAUGACAGCCUGCACCGGGCCCUGGCCAGUGGGCCCCCACCGCUACGCCUGCUGGUGCAGAAGCGGGCAGCAGCUGACUCCAGCAGCCUGGCCUUUGCUUCCAGCUCUCUGCAGCGGCGCAAGAAAGGGCUCCUACUUCGGCCAGCGGCACCCCUGCGCUCCCGGCCACCCCUGCUAAUCAGCCUGCCCCAAGAUUUCCGCCAGGUCUCUUCAGUCAUAGACGUGGACCUACUGCCUGAGACCCACCGACGGGUGCGACUGCACAAGCAUGGUUCUGACCGUCCUCUGGGUUUCUACAUCCGAGAUGGGAUGAGCGUUCGAGUGGCUCCCCAGGGCCUAGAGCGGGUUCCAGGCAUCUUCAUCUCCCGCCUGGUACGAGGGGGCCUGGCUGAGAGUACAGGGCUGUUGGCUGUCAGUGAUGAAAUCCUCGAGGUAAAUGGCAUUGAGGUGGCUGGGAAGACCUUGGACCAAGUGACAGACAUGAUGGUCGCCAACAGCCACAACCUAAUUGUCACUGUCAAGCCAGCCAACCAGCGCAAUAAUGUGGUGCGUGGGGCAUCUGGGCGUCUUAUGGGGCCUCGUUCUACUGGGCCUGGGCCUGUUGAGCCUGACAGUGAUGAUGACAGCAGUGAUCUAGUCAUUGAGAACAGCCAACCUCCCUGUUCCAAUGGGCUGUCUCAGGGGCCUUCCUGCUGGGACCUGCAUCCAGGCCGCCUACUUGCUGGUGCCCGCAGCUCGCUGCCAUCCCUGGAUGAUCAGGAGCAGGCCAGCUCUGGGUGGGGAGGUAGCAUGCGAGGUGACGGUAGUGGCUUCAGCCUCUGACAGGCAAGAAGGCAGCCCUUGCCAUCCCAAGCUGCUGGAAUGGCAGGACUUGCCCGGUGGGGGGUUCCAGCUCACUACAGAACCCACUCAGUCUGGGGGAACAUUAAAGAUUUUCUACAGAUGCAGUCA